CACAGUUCUGCGCAGUGUACUGUGACGUGAGGUCAGGCGGGAAACGGACUUGUCCUUCGUCUUUUGUAUUAUUUCUGUUUUGGAUAUUUUGGGGAUCGUUGCAAGAUUAAUUUUAUUAAAAUGGGUAUCGUAUCGCGAAGAAGAAUAAGUCGUUUUCGGUCACGGCGCUACAAGCAGUACUUGUACCGACAUCAGCUGAAGUUAUUGUUUGUGGUUCUCUGUAUUAGAUUAAAAGAGGAUGAGCGCUGUGUCGGCAAGAGAUUGUGGAUGCACCCAAUACUUUGCAGACGAAAGGAACAUGGAGAAUACUACAGAUUGGUUAGGGAGAUGAGAAUGGAAAGAGAAGCCUAUUUUAAACAGUACUUCCACAUGACACCAUCUACAUUUGACCGUCUUUUGAAUAUGAUAGAGAGCAAGAUUGUGAAACAAACUACAAAUAUGCGUGAACCAAUUCCGCCUGAGGAACGACUUGCAGUCACUUUGAGAUAUUUGGUGACGGGGGAUUCAUAUCAGACCAUCGGGUUCUCUUACAGGAUUCAUAAAACGACCAUAUCGCGAAUUAUUCCAGAAACCUGCGCUGCAAUAUGGGAUUCCCUGCAGCCUGUGUUCAUGGCAGUCCCAAGUGAAAAUCAGUGGAAGAUUAUUGCAAACGAUUUUAAACAAUUAUGGCAAUUUCCAAACUGUGUUGGAAGUAUUGAUGGGAAACAUGUUGUCAUACAAGCUCCUGCAAACAGUGGUUCAUCAUUUUUCAACUAUAAAAAAACUUUCAGUCUGGUACUGCUUGCAGUUUCAGAUGCAAAGUACAGAUUUAUUUACGUGGAUGUUGGAGCGUAUGGACGGCAGAGUGAUGGGAAUGUUUUUGCUUCAUCAUCUUUUGGAAAAAAACUCCUGGAUGGUUCAUUAGACCUGCCAAAAAGCACCAUAUUGGAAGGGAUGAUGGAGCCACUACCACACGUUUUUCUUGGUGACGAGGCUUUUCCCUUAAAAACCAAUUUGAUGCGUCCUUUUCCAGGUACCGGAUUAUCAAGAAGGUCCCGUAUUUUCAACUAUCGCCUCUCGAGAGCUCGUAGGGUUGUGGAGAAUGCCUUUGGCAUUAUGGUAUCUCGAUUCAGAAUUUUCCGCAGGCCUAUAUGCGUAUCACCAGCCAGAACAGACCAUAUCAUUAAAGCAUGCACAGUCCUUCACAACUUUCUUAGAUAUGAUUCUAAUUAUUUUGAGGCGGAUUUCGUAGAUCACGAGGUCAGUGAAGGUGCAGUGCAGUGGAAGGCCGAAGAAAAUUCAGCAAUGUUAAAUAUCAGGAAGAUUGGAAGGCCGAGUGCGAAGGAGGCAGUAAAAGUUAGAGAACAAUUCAGCGAAUAUUUUGUUAGUGAGAAAGGGGCACUGCCAUGGCAGGAUAAAUAUGUGUUCUCGAGUGGUCGAAAUAUGAUCUAAAUGCACUAUCCCCCCUAUCAUUUUUUGGUUUUAUUGCUUCGUUUCACCUUUUCUGAAUAAAAAAAAUUUUGCUUCCGACUUGGUUAGCGGAAUCUUUCAUCUUGUUUUUAUAUAUGUUGCCGCAGUGGAGAUAAUAGCAACUACGAGGGUAAAUCACCAGACUGGUUGACAUUUUAGGUACACUAUUGGGUUAGCACUUACAGGGAUGUACGAAAGCUACUGAGCAAUGAUAUCUAGUUGGCAAGAUUUAAAACAAAAAAAAUAUUCAGGAAAAUUUAUA